AUGCAGUUCUCUCACGCUUUGAUUGCCCUCGUUGCUGCCGGCCUGGCCAACGCUCAGCUUCCUGACGUUCCCGCUUGCUCGCUCAACUGCUUCGUCUCUGCCCUGACCAGCGAUGGUUGCUCGACUCUGACCGAUUUCGCCUGCCACUGCGCGAAGACCCAGCUGAUCUCCGACAUCACCCCUUGCGUUGAGAAGGCCUGCAAAAUCGCCGACCAAGCAUCUGUUUCCAACAUCGUCGUCUCCCAAUGCUCAGCUGCUGGCGUCCCUAUCUCGGUCGCCCCAAUCCUGACCUCCGAAAGUAGCAGCGCUACUACCACCAGCUCCAGCUCCAGCUCCGGUCCCGCCUCGACCUCUGCUAGCGAGACUGCCAGCGAGACCGCCUCCAGCAGCGCCGGUACCACUGAGUCCUCCGCUUCUGCUUCCACCGGUACCCCCUCGGUGCCCACUGGUUCCACCACUCCCAGCUCUGGCGCUGUUUCUGGCUCUACCCCUGCUGGCACCUCCACCCCGCUGGUUUCCAAGACUAGCGGUAGCACUGCGGCUACUACCUCCCCUGCCUACAACGCCGGUGCCAAUGUCAAGGGUAACCUUGCUGGUGCUGCUGUCAUGGCCGCUGCCGCCGCUUACAUCCUGUAA